AUGAGUACUCCUCACUACCCUUCCUCCGGGGACGGGAAGUCAAAAGUCCAGACCAGGGACACUCCCGCGACCUCUGCAACUCCUUCCAUCGUCGUUCAUGGCUUGCGGCGUUUACCCAACUACCUGAAGAUCGGCCGCGGUAUUUGGCUUGAUAUAAAGGCUCGUGCACCGUGGUACAAAAGUGAUUGGGUUGAUGCAUGGAACUACCGUGUUGUUCCUGCAACAGCACUGAUAUUUUUCGCGAAUGUCUUGCCAGGAAUCGCAUUUUCGUUGGAUUUAAUAGAAACGACGCAACAAUAUGGUGUGGCGGAAGUGCUUCUAGCUUCGUUCAUGGCGGCCUUCAUCUUCUCGGUAUUUGGAGCACAACCUCUGACAAUUGCCGGGGUCACUGGUCCAAUUACUGUUUUCAACAAGACGAUCUUUGAUAUCAUCGAGCGCCAGUCCGACCCACCCAAUUAUCUGCAUUUUAUUGGGUGGGUGUACCUAUGGGCGGCUAUCUUCCACUGGAUCACCGCUCUGUUGAAUUGGUGCAACUUCCUCAAAUAUGUCACCUUGUUUAGUUGUGACACGUUCGGGUUCUACGUAUCCUGGGUAUACCUGCAAUAUGGUAUUCAAGUUCUGACUCGCCAACUUCAAUCCGAACCCCCAAACCUUCCCGGAGGACUCGUCGCAAUCAUUCUCGCCCUGCUCAUGCUCGUCACUUCGUUCCUUUUCCAAUCGCUGUCACAGAAGACGCUGUUCCACCGUCAUGUCAGACGAUUCCUGGCGGACUACGGUAUGCCGAUCUCUUUGAUAGCGACUUCCGGGAUGGCGUAUUGGGGUCGAUUCAAUGCCGCCAACACCACUACCUUACCUGUCGGAGGUGCGUUCCAACCCGCUGGUGGAAGGGAGUGGUUAGUCAAGUUUUGGGAGUUGGAUGGCAAGUGGGUGGGAAUCGCCUUGCCGUUUGGAAUAAUCCUCUGGAUUUUGUUCUUCUUUGACCACAAUGUCUCGUCACUUAUGGCGCAAGGCGCAGAGUUUCCCCUUAAAAAGCCACCGGGGUUCCACUACGAUUUCUUCCUGCUCGGUGUUACGACGUUCAUCGCAGGACUCCUGGGAUUGCCCGCGCCAAAUGGCUUAAUCCCCCAGGCACCCAUUCACACCACGUCUCUGCUUGUCAUGGGACGGCCUGUCAAGGAGGACGAAGAACGGACUUCAUCUCGCACAUCCGCGUCCCGCUCCCCGGGGCCCUCGCGACUUCAGUCCCAGACAAACACGAUGACAAUAGAACCUGUGGGUGUGGAUGAGAAGCGAGCGCGUCCAGAGCUUGAGCACCCUGGUUGGGUGCCUGAGGUACCCGUCGCUGUUGUUGAGCAGCGUGUGUCGAAUUUGGCGCAGGGAUCGCUGUGCUUAGUUCUCCUGACUGGGCCUUUCCUCCAUGUUCUAAAUCUGAUUCCGCGUGGUGUUCUUGCCGGACUUUUCUGGUAUAUGGGCGCCGAUGCGCUUCGUGGGAAUGGCAUCACGACCAGACUCCUCUACCUUCUUCGCGACAAAUCCUUGACGCCGUACGACGAGCCACUGCGCAAGGUUAGGAAAUCUAGGAUCAUCAUGUUCGUUGGUGUGCAAUUGGUAGGCUUCGGCGCUACAUUUGCCAUCACUCAAACCAUCGCCGCGAUCGGAUUCCCCGUUAUCAUUAUGCUGCUCAUCCCCUUGCGUACUCUCGUCGUACCUAGAAUGCCGUUCACUGUUGAAGAACUGGCCAUUUUGGAUGGGCCUACCGCAUCACCAUUCACCAUGGAAUCAGUUGGAGGAACACUCUGA